AUGAAGCCAGGUGCUAAGGAAUGCGAAAUUCAUGAAAAGCAGAAACCCAAAGUUGUUUCUCCAAAAAGAAGAAAAUCAGCGUUUGAUAUUUUGGAAGAGUCGUUCAGUCAAAAGAGCAGCAGAGAAGAGAACAUUCCACCAUCGAGUGAUGAAGGUACAUCAUGUCAAGAGAGGAAUGGACUUAUAGAAGAGAGUGUUUUGUUGGAAGAUUCAAUUAUUAGAAAUGAGCGUGAAAAUGGAAAAGAAAAUAUCGCAGGGAAGGACGAGGUUCAAAGAAGUGAUGAAGAAAAUAAAAACAUUGUUAAGAAGAGAGAAAAGUCUUCAGAAAAAAAGAGGAAUAGAAAGAUUGAGAAAGUUAUAAAUUCAGAAGAGGAAUUGAUAAAACUGCGGAAAGAGAAAACUAAAAAGAGGAAAGAGUUUCUGGUUAGUCAGGGAUUGAUAGAUGAGAUUGCGUCUGAAGGUGAAGAAGAUCCAGAAGCCGAAAAUGAGGAAGAAAAAGAAGGAAAAAAGCUAAAAAAGAAGAAAGAGAAAAUAAUCAUGGCAAGUGAUGAAGAAGAGGGAUUAAGUGAAGACGAGGAAAUGGUUGAAGAUUUGAUUGCGACUGAAGAGGCAGCUGAAGAAGCAGAUGAAAUUGGAUGGUCAACUGAACUGUUCGAAUUGCAUCGGGAGCGGAUGUCUGAAGAUGAAGAGCGUGUUUAUGAGAGACAUUUCACGUUAGCUGGAAUGCAAAACGCGCGACAGAAGAACAAAUUUGAGGAAUUCAUGGAGGGGGAGAAGUACAACGAGGCGGGAGCAACUGAGACGAGAAGAAGCCGAGCGUGGAGAUGUUGA